UCGCCACGCCCCCUCCCAUUCACUUCCUGUAAACAAAGCAGCAGCUGUCUGUCUGACAGAUUCGGGUGUUCUCGCUCAGUUUCUACGCUCUCCUCGGUGUUUGUGGACGAUGGCUCACGCCGGGGUGGUUCUGGACAAGGACCAGUUCAACUGCUCGAUCUGUCUGGACGUGCUGCGGGACCCUGUGACCAUCCCGUGCGGACACAGUUACUGCUCGGACUGCAUCAAGAACUACUGGGACCAGGACGACUACCUGGGGGUCUACGUCUGCCCACAAUGUCGGCAGAACUUCAACCCGAGGCCUGUGCUCGCCAGAAACACCAUGCUGGCCGACGUGGUGGAAAAAUUCAAGAAGACUGGACUCCAAGAGGCCGGGGCGCCUUCGAAGCAAAGCUUUGCCGAGGCCGAGGACGUGGAGUGCGACGUCUGCACCGCGAGGAAGAACAAGGCUGUGAAAUCCUGCCUGGUUUGUCUGGCCUCCUACUGCGAGCUGCACGUCCAGCCUCACUACGAGUCCACCGCCUUCAAGAAACACAGGCUGGUGUCGGCCUCCAAAAAGUUCCGGGAGACGAUCUGUGGCCGACACGACAAGCUGCUGGAGGUGUACUGCCGCACAGACAGGGAGUGUAUCUGCUACCUGUGUCUGACUGAUGAACACAAGGGCCACGACACGGUGCUGGCUGAGGAGGAGAUGCAGCAGAAGCAGAGGCAGCUUGGUGACAUGAAGCAGAGCUCUCAGCUGAGGAUUCAUCAAAGAGAAAAGGAGGCGCAGGAGCUGAGACAAGCCAUUUUCUCUCUCACUCGCUCUGCUCGUGCAGUAGCCGAGGAGAGCGACGCCGUCUUCACCGACCUCAUCCGCUCAAUCGAGCUAAAGCGCUUUGAGGUUAGGGAGCUGAUCAAGGCCCAGGAGAAGACGGCACUCAGUCAGGCCGAGCAGCUGCUGGACAAGAUCCAGAAGGAGAUCGCUGAGCUGAAGAUGAACGAGGCUGAGCUGGACAAACUGUCCCAUACCGAGGACCACAUCAGCUUCCUCCAGAGUUGUCACUCUCUCCAAACUCCACCUGCGCUGUCAGCUCUGCCUCCAGUCACUGUGGACCCCCACCUGACCUUUGGUCUGGUGAUGACAGCUGUGUCAGAUUUUAAAGGACUGCUGCAGGAGGUCUGCCAGGAGGGAUUUGUCUGCAUCUAUGAGAGAGUGAGGGACGUUGUCAUCGUAGGCCCAAAAAAUCCUGCUGUACAGCUCGACACAACGCAGCCCCGCGAGGGUGGAGCAGCUGAACAGAUGGACGCGACAACAGCGAUCCCUCCGCCUGGUCUGGACCAAAGUCCUGUGAGCCCGCUCAACCCUUUCCUCACUCCAGGACCUGCUCUGCCCACCUUUGCCUUCUCACCAUUUGGCUCCAAACUCUCCUCGGGAUCCAGACAGAGGCACCUUCAGCGACGCGCUCACCCCCGGAGGAAGUAGACCGGUCCUGGACGUCAACGUCAACACUCCACAUGCACCUGCACGGGGCUGAAAGUGUUGUUUUUUACCUCAGCGCUCUCGUCGGUUUAAUCUCUCGGCAUCCAUUUAACCGCUCUGUUAUCGGGCUAUAGUUGCACCGCGCAUUGUAGAGUGGCUGGUAAAGAUGAGGAGAGUGUUUGUACGGGCCACACAAGAUCACCUCAACAAUGCAUUUACUUGAAAGUAUUAAGCAGCACAAAGCAGGACUGAUCUCACUACAUCUCACUCAGUAUUCACUAACUGAAAUUGCCUUGGAACUUAGUGCGUUCUAGUGACUUUUCUUUUAACACAGCUAUGCUUUUAUAAUCAUUUUCUCUCUCUUUUUUUUUACUAGAGCAACAAACUAAUAAUUUUGCUUUACAUGUAUGUGUAAUAAUAUAUUGUGAUUUGUGACGUGCUAUAAAAUAAAAAGCAAACACAACUGUA